AUGUGCCCAUCAUCUGAGAACGUUGAAAGUGGACAAGUAUGGAUCCAGAGCACUCUAUCCUCACUUUUCCGGAGGCCCUUGAUUCCUCUGAAGAAAAAAAUGCAAGGAGUGACAUUGGUACAUCGUUCAGCUUCAGCACUUGAAAAACCCUGUUCCUCUUCGGAGGACGAUGUGAUCAACGAUGACGUUUCUCGUUCUUUACGUCGCCUUUCUUCCUUACCUGCAGAUUUUUGCUGCUCAAUCUGUAUGAACAUCUUUACUAAGCCUUCUAUGCUCAGCUGUGGCCAUUCAUUCUGUGCAAAAUGUAUACAGCACUGGCUAAAUGAAAAUAUCUCGUGUCCAACUUGCCGAAUGGGUACGCAGCUGCCAAUCAGAAAUAUCGCUUUAGAACAGGUCGUUGAGGAGUUCAGAUUGACUCGCCAGUAUCGAAUGGCUCAUAGUUUGAAAACGAGUGGUAAACAGAACGAAGAAGGAGCUAUUCCACUCUAUCGUCGCCAAUUAUUAAGAGCAAGCCGUCGAAGAGCUCGACUAUCUGUCCUUGGUACCGAGAGAAUUGUUGAUGGACCCGGAUCCUCAAUGGAAGUUUUACCCACAUCAAGUCGUGAAGGAAGUUGCCGAUCAUUGAGUUCGCUGCCACAAAUCGGUCAUAGCGGAGAACAUGGAAGCAGAACAAAUUUCGCACCCCGUCGACAUGCAUACCGUAAUGUGCAUGACAGUUGGUCAGGUCGAAUGGGCCAACUAUAUUCCAUUUACGACAGCGAAGCUUCCGAGACAGCACCGUCAUCAGAAUUCAAAAGAGCAUCUUUGCUGAGGCGUAGCAUCUGCGCAAUUCGUAAAUCUGUGAGUCGACGACAUCGCAAACGUGAUAGUGCAAUUCCAUGCUCUGGAACUGGUAUAGACAACGAAGGUUUUGUUACCGAUGAAGCAGAAGCAUCAAAUCUCGCUCAGACCUCGAUUUCAUCUGCACCUAUUGAAAAUGUAACGAAGCCUAAGAAAUCAAAAUGGAAGCGAUUUUUCCCAUUCCGGCUCAGGAAAGUCCAUCCCUCAAAUGAUCACAGCGAAUUGUCUCCUUAUGGGCCACUGUGUGUCUAUUCGGGAUUUGGACGAACAUUUGAGCGUAUAAAUCCGGGCGAGGAAAUUGCGAUUGCUGUUUUUGGUGCACGAGGUGUUGGAAAAACUUCUCUGCUCGACAAUGCUACUCUUUCAUGUGAAGGUCGACAAAAUGUUUCACCGAUAGGUUUGACAGAACGUAUGCGUUUAGGAGGCAGGCAAAAUCAUAAUGAAUAUAGAUUUGCCCAUAUGACUAGCAUGACUGUCCGAGCACGGCACCACCAUUUCAUGGUUGAUCUCAUCGACGCUGAAUUUGAGGAUGAUCAUUCUAUAACCCAUACAUCUUAUAUGCGAGCGGCUGAUGCAGCUAUAAUUGUUUUCUCCACAGCAGAUUCUGGAAGUCUGCUCAUGGCUAUGUCCAUAAAUCGACAGCUUGCUGGCGUAAGCGAUUCAAAGAAACCAUGUGUUCUCCUUGCAAAUUUGAUUGACGACAUUCCACAAAGGUACGUGACUCGCGAAAUGGGUGAAAAGACGGCUCGUAAUAUUCGAGCUCACUAUUUGGAAGCCAGUCUGCUAGCACAAGAUGGUGGAGUCUAUGAAGCCAUCGAACAUCUUUGUCGUGCAGUCGUGGCCAAGCGAAAGAAUUCUGAUGUCAGCCACACUUGUGCUAUUAUGUGAUCCAGCUUAUUAUAGUUUGCUAUUUUUCUUGCCUGAAAACGUCUACGAAGUU